AUGGCCACCGAGCAGAAGUCUGACUCCGUUCUUGAUGGCCGGAAGCAGCAAAAUAAGAUGAGGCCUUCAUCUGAACUCGGCUCGCCCAUGCCGACCAGAGGCUCAUCCCAGAUCAUCAAGAUACUGCAGAGUUCGCCUGUUCCUGACACGCCCUUGCCUGACAGCGGCAGCCCUCUCUGGGACUCCAUGUCCUUACCGUCUAGUCCUUCUCCCAAACGGAAGCCUGAGCCAUCCGCGAACCUGGAUCGUUGGAGUUCACGUGGAUUCUCUGAGGAUGUCGGACUCCCACCUCGUCAGAUUGAGAAGCCGUUCAGGUUCUUGGAUCUGCCACCUGAGCUUCGGAACAUGAUCUAUGGAUAUGCCUUCAGCAAGUGUACACCACGUUGUGACGACUGGGAGUGCAGUUGUUGCUGGAGACCCCCACCCUCUGGUUGCAGCUGCGAAUCAUCGCCGAACCAAUUCUCGCUUCCUCCAAUCGUCUUCGUGAACAAGCAUAUCAGGCUAGAGUCUUUGUCUCUAUACUAUUCAACCAACGACUUCCGUUGGUUCUGGGAUCCUCUGAAGAUGUACUGUGAAUAUGGAUAUUCUCACGCCGCACGAUCCGUCCAAGUGUUCGAGGUGGUCUUGAACUUUCUAUCGACCAAUGCCAUUCAGCUCAGAAGCUGCACCAUCUGCAGCCCGCAGCAUCAUCACGGACCCACGCGUAAUAUGGAGAGUAUUAUUGACUCGGUACGCUUCCUUGCACCACUCUGGAAGAACGUUACUCAAAUCGGCAAAGCACAUCCGAUGAUACGCGAGUUCAAGUUCGCUGACAAAUCCACACUGGCCUACCGUAUCUUUGCCUUCGCUGGCUCUUUGGAGACCUCGGAGCUCGAGAGUGAAAAGCUACUAGAUGCAAGGCUUCGCGUCUUCUUGAAGGGUGAUGAGGAUGCAGCGAAUUUGGUAGCUUCCAUCGAAUACUCAGAAUAUGAGACCAAGUGGUACGAACAGCGCGGUCGCAGAAGAAAGAAGAGCUUCCAGAGAGAAGAGAACCGGAGCAAAGGGGAGGAGAGGUGGACUGGCGUCCUUCGUAGUCGUAUUGCCAAAUGA